CUCUUGUCAUCGUUGUCUGUUUUAAUUCCCAGCCUCUCCACUCCCUUCUUUCAUCUACUCAUACUCAUACCUCCUGAAAUGAGGAAUCCCACAGAGUAUAUUACGGCCCUUCUCGGCCUCUCUACUGCUCUCGCAUCUGCUAGUCCCAUAGCCACGGAAAAGGCCCGUAGGGAUGCUUCAUCCCAGGGUUUCAAUCCCUUUCCUUUGGACAACGGAUUCCCCAAUCCUGACUCCAAGGAGACAGACCAAAUUCAACAGCAGGCGCUAGGAACCUUGCCCAACGGUCCGGUACCUGACAACAUUAGCGGAGAAGGCCUCUUUAAUCUGCAGAUCAUUGCACUUAAUGAAAUUUUUGAAGUGGCCUUUUUCACUGAGUUGCUAUACAAUGUCACCAACAACGUAACCGGGUAUGAAGUCGAACAAGCAGAUAAGCGAGAAUUUAUCAUUAGGACCUUGACGGCCGUGCAGGCUCAAGAGGAACUCCACGCCCUCAACGCUAAUGGCGCCUUGCAACACUUCGGCCAUGCUCCCAUCCAACCCUGCAAAUACAAGUUCCCAGUCAACGAUCUCGAUUCCGCCAUUAAGCUAGCAAAUACAUUCACUUCCGUCGUUCUCGGCACUCUGCAAGAUGUCGUGGAAGUAUUCGCCCAAAUGGGCGACACAGCCCUAACCCGCAGUAUCGCCAGCGUCAUCGGCCAGGAAGGCGAACAGGAAGGCUGGUACCGUUUCUUCCAAGGAAAGGUUCCCAGCGAGCUUCCCUUCCUCACGACCGCGACGAGAGAUCUCGCCUUCAACGCCCUCAAUCAGUCAUUCUUCGUUCCGGGAUCCUGUCCGAAUAUCGACACUAUUCCUGCGAGGACAUUUGAGCCGCUCACCCUCCUCACGAGCUCUGUGGACUCGAACACAACCUCCCUCCAGUUCAGUUUCGUUUUAACCCGGGGGAUUUCAGAGGAUAAUCUCAAGCUGGUCUACAUCAAUCAGCAGAAUGUGCCGAUUGUGGAGGAUUUCGACGCCGUAAAGGUUGAGGGUGAUACGGUUACCAUUCAAGCUGCUUUCCCGUAUGCGCAGAAUGAGAUGAAUGGCCUUACGAUUGCUGUGCUGGCCCAUGGUGAUCAGGAUUCUCUGACUGAUGCUAAUGCUGUCUCUGAUCACACCAAGUUUGGGCCUGCAUUGAUCAUCGUCAACUGAUUACGUAUCAUAGUGCCGCUAUGGUUAUGGUUUCUUUCUUAUCCCAAAUCUUGUCGCUUUGCAUAGGUAUAUGCAUCUCUUUCCUGAUCGUUCUUGCUCACCACUGUUUUAUCAUUACGCGCCCAUCAGUUGUAUGGUAAAUUUAGGAAAUUCUAUUCAUCAGACUACAAAAAGGUUUAGCUAGAAGCGAUCUAGCAUUCCUCUGGUCCUGUCACGCUGGAGCCAAUGCUCUGCGAGAUAUACAGAAAGUCGAGAAGAACGUAUUCGAAAUAACUUGUGUCCUGCUGGCCAUCGCCAGACAUGGAAGCGGGCCCUACGACAACACUCCCCUGGGACAGCGGAGUGGCUUCAACAAGAACCCACCUUUCACGAAUGGAAAG